GUGGGACAAAAUCUUAUCGCACUGCGAUCCGUCGUCGUUGGCGGCGGUGUGCGGCGUGUGCAAAUCGAUGCGCCGAUCGGCUUUGCCCCAUCGCACGGCCUUUCGCAUCGACGCCGCCAAGCUGGACCAAGGCAAAUACUGGACACGUUGAUGCACAUUCGGGUCAACUUCCCGCACCUGACCUCGGUCUCGCUGGUGAAUGGCAACCUGCGUGGCUUCACGUUCUACGCAUCGGACGAGCACUCGAGGUUCACCCUCUUCCCCGAGAACCUUCGCCACUUGUCCAUGGAGAACAGUGAGGGGCUUGAUGAUGACCAAGUGAAAGCACUAUGCGCGGAGCUGCCACGACUGCGACACAUGGAUCUGUCCAAGUGUUUCGAGCUCAGCAAUCAGAUCCUGCGCUACCUCCCUACAACACUCACCAUUCUCAACCUGUGCGGGGUGCACGACAUCAACGCCAACGCUCUCCGAUUAUUGCCACAUCUUAAGAACUUGGAAAUACUCGACCUCAAGGCCUGCUGGCGUUUGGGGAGCCUCUACAGCCAGCAGAACCCGUUCACGUCAUCGGGUCCCUACUAUUCCUACUUUCCUUCGUCGCCUUCGAUCGCCACCUACUCGGCCUUCGCCUAUCUCCAGUCCCUUCCGCGCCUCCACACGCUCUCGCUCUCCCGAAUAUACUGCCUCGCCGACAACGACAUCGCCGUGCUGCCACGGCGCCUCAAGGUGUUGGACGUGUCCUUCUGCUUCCACAUCUCAGACUACGUGUACCCAAUGCUGCCUGCCGGACUCACCGAGCUCUACUGCCAAGGCUGCGACCUCAUCACCUUCGACACCUGGGACUCGGCCAGCGAGGACGGCCUGACAGUACUCAGGGGCGAAGAGGGGAGCACGAGCAGCAGCAGCAGUGCGGAAGGCGAAGGCGAAGGGCACUCGCUGGAGGACGCGAAAGCGCACGCGAGGCCAGAAGUGGCGUGGAUCGGGCGCACCAGAAGCAGAGACGGCGCGGCGAGGACCAAGCGACCCAAGCUGCGAAUCGUGCGUGGCGAGUGGAGUCUCCCCGAACGCUGCUGCGUGCCCUGA